UCUACUGAACGCGGCCAUUGCUCUUCAAUUAGAUUCCGGGCCCCUUCGGGUCCCCUUGGUUGAUCCGAAAAUUUACCUAGGGCCGUCAGUCUUUAUAUUACCUCGUCGUUGUCGUCGUUUAUCAUGUUGCGCGCGUAGUUCUUGAAAAACCGUUGAAGUAGGUUUUUUUAAGGAGAAAGCUGGUUCUACACUUUGUGUUAUAUUCUUUUUAAGUCAAAGAUGCCAAAAUCAAAAGCAUACGUGUCCGACAGUGAUGACAGCAGUGAAGAGGAAAAGAAAUCAGUAAAAAAACAAAAAAAGGAAAAGGAAGAGGAGAAGAAAGCAGUUUCAAGCAAGAAAUCAAAAUCUGAGGAUGAUGAUACUGUAUGGGACUUGGGUAACAAUCGUCAAGUUAACGUGAGAAAUUUCAAAGGCAACUUUUAUGUGGAUAUUCGAGAAAUGUAUUAUGACAAAGAUGGUGAUUUGAAACCUGGGAAGAAAGGAAUAUGCUUAUCCAUGUCACAAUGGCGGAAAUUCAUGUCUGUUGUAGAGGAAGUGGAUAAGGUAGCAAAGUCAAAAUGUUAGAAUUAUGACUUGGCUUAUAUAUCCUAAAAAUUUGUUUAAAUUUUAUAUUUGUAACUUUUCUAUUUAAGAUACAAUAGUAUUCAAGGUAAUUAACAUAUAUUUUUUGAAGUAUCAUAGAUACAAAUAAUCAUAAAGAUAAUUAUCAUUGUAAAACUCUCUCAUUUGGGAUAUUUUUUUUUAUCUGAGAAACCUUUGUCAUUGUUUUGCAUCGUAAUGUAUCAAAUAAAUAGUGUAAUAACUGUUUUCCGUUCAUAUCUAUGAAAAAAGAUCCAAGGACCAUCUCUUGGUCUGUAUGCUACGAAAGCUAAAUGUAUGCUAAUAAAUUCUUUGGGGUCAA